GCGCCAAUGGCCAACUCCACAUCGUCAAACUCCACAGCUGCACCAACAACCGCUGCCGUACCGCAACACCGACACAUCUGGAUCAUAACAGGCCCAGCAGGAUGCGGAAAGACGUCGGUAGCAGAAUACCUCUCCACAUUCUUUGCAUUGCCCUACCUAGAAGGCGACAGCUUCCACCCCCAAGCCAACAUUGACAAAAUGGCCAACAACAUCCCUCUCACCGAUGCCGACCGCUGGGACUGGCUUAUCCUGCUGCGCGAUCAAGCCGUCGCUGCCCUCAACACCGGCGCUUCAGGCGUCGUCCUUACCUGCUCGGCCCUCAAGCGCAAAUACCGUGACGUCAUUCGAGUCGCGUCCUACAACGACCACAAUGUCCUAGUCCACUUUAUCUACCUCUCAGCGACACAAGAACUUUUGCUGCAGAGAGUACAUGGCAGAGUUGGUCAUUACAUGAAGGACAGUAUGGUCAAGAGCCAGUUUGAUGCUUUGGAGCCGCCGACGAAAGAUGAGAGGGAUGUUAUGAGUGUGGAUGUUAGUGGUGAUUUUGCUAGUGUGCAAAGGCUGGCUUUGGAGGUUGUCAAUCAGGUUAUGGCUAGUGAUGCU